AUGGCUGACCUUAUUGGACGUAUGCGCCGUUAUUUUCAACAAAAUCCUCAUAGAAGGCGUCUUCCUCGUCCUCGUUUAUUUCGGGAUAGAUUUAAUCCGCUGGAAAUGAGGGACGAUGAUGAACUGUAUGAGAGAUACCGCUUUCGACGACCGACGAUCAUCUUUAUUGUUGAUUUGAUUGAAAAUUACAUUCACCAUCCAACAAGAAGAUCCCUCUCUCUGCCAAGUCUUAUUCAAGUUCUUGUUUUCUUGCGUUUCGUUGCAACUGGGGCAUUCCAUCAGGUUGUAGGAGACUCCAUACACAUCUCCAAGUCCACCGCGGGUAGAUGCAUUCGACGGGUAGCGGCUGCACUGGUGAGAUUUUCCGGGAGAUAUAUAAAAUUCCCAACAGGUCAAGAUGCCGUCAAUGUGAAAAGGAAUUUCCAUGCAAUAGCAGGUUUUCCUGGUAUACUUGGAUGCAUCGAUGGAACUUUUAUAAGGAUACAAACACCCAAAGAAAACGAGCAGGACUUUGUUAACCGUAAAGGUUACCAUUCCUUGAAUGUACAGAUGACAUGUGACAGUAAUUUUCUUGUAACGAACUGUGUUGCAAGAUGGCCAGGCUCGUGUCAUGACUCAAGGAUAUUUCGGGAGAGUAAGCUCUGUGAGCAAUUUGAAAAUGGUCAGCAUGAUGGAUUAUUAUUAGGAGACUCGGCUUACCCCUGUAAAACUUACCUGAUGACUCCUUUUAACACAACUAAUGAUGUGCACUACAGGGAGAAAUUCAAUAGGGCCCUUUGUAGGACAAGAGUCCUCAUUGAACAGACCUAUGGUAUUUUGAAAAGGAGGUUCCCCUGCCUGUCAGUAGGACUUCGAACCAACCCAGACAGAGCGUGUAUGUAUGUUGUUGCAUGCGUUAUGCUGCAUAACAUUGGGAUCCUACGCCAAGACAUUGUAACCACAGACAUUAAUGACCUAGUAAUAGCUGGUCCUGACAUUGAGGACAACUUGCAGCUGAUGAACCAAAAUGGAUUUGGUUACCGAGAAUAUAUUGCUCGUCAGUUCUUUAACUGA